CAGCAUCUGAGAUCCGGUCGUCCUGGACAAAAAUUGGCGGUAACUGAAGCUACUCGUACGCGUCUUCUAUCCUGCGACUAUUCAUUUGGCUGAUGAUAAGAAUAGGUCAAGCCUGUCACCACUCUUUGACCGCCGUCUCACCAUUUCAACCACCGGAACCAUCCCAGCAAAGAAAGAACCGAUCAAAAUCUCUCAAUAUAUCUUCUCCGAUGUCCCCAAAGGAAAAAAUCCCUCAAUACAUUCUACUCCCAGAACACAACCAACCACUCAUUCCCAGAUCCAUUUCCCGGAAAUGUCGCCGCAAAAGCUCUUCUUUUCCGCCGCCGCAGCUCUACUUCUGCUCGCACUCUUUCUUCCUCAAACAGCCUCCAGAACCUUACCCGAUCCCCCUUGUCCUCCAUCUUCUUGCGGAAACCUUCACAACAUAACCUUCCCAUUUCGUCUCAAAAGUUCUCCACAGAAUUGCGGCUAUCCCAAAUAUGUGCUGGAUUGUUGGAACAACCAACCAAGCAUAAUGUUUGAAACGGAACGGUACAACGUUCAGGCAAUCAAUUAUUCGGAUUACUCGAUCAGGGUUGUCGACCCCGGAUUGCAAGAUCAAACUAAUCGAAACUGCACUAGUUUCCCCAAGAUUGUUCUAGGCAGUGAUUUCUUUGACACCGGUUUUAAGUUCCGCUCCACUGGAGCUAACGUUCCUAUAGUGUACACCACCUGUUCGACGAAUUUAUCGAAAGAGUACGUCCACACGGAAUUCUGUACGAAGGCGAGAAGCAACGGCAGCAGCUACGUGACAAUUGGUGACAGGUUGUCGACACGAGACGUGCCGAGGAGUUGCAGCUUUGAAACAGUGGCAUGGGCCUCGGUUAAUGGGCUGAUCCCGGGCGACAACAGUUCUCUGUCCAGCAUCCAUGCUGCCCUGGGCUACGGCGUCGAGCUUUCUUGGAAGAGGGCUUACUUGUGUCGAGAUUGUGAGCGCAGCGGAGGCCAGUGCUUCUUUGAUGAUCCUCUCAAUCUUGAAGGUGUUUCUUGCAGCCAUCGUUGUUAUGAUGAUACGGGAUUUGAUCUUCCUCUUCCUUGUAGCAUCCAUUAUUAUGGAGUUCUGGUGAUAUUAUAUGGCCUAGUAACGAUAGUACCAUUUCUGGGAAUCAGAUUUCUCCUUGGGAUCAUACUUUUUGUUGUGCUAGUCGUCUAUCAACGAAAGAGGCGUCAUUUACCAGGGGAUGUCACCAUUCAGGAUUUCCUCGACAUUCAGAGCAAACUGCUGCCAAUAAAUUACAGUUAUGCUGAGAUUAAGAAGAUGACUAAUGGUUUCAAGGAGAAACUAGGAGAAGGAACCAAUGGAACAGUAUACAAAGGGAAACUUAAGAGUGGACCUCUCGUUGCAAUUAAAAUGAUGAAGAAAACCAUUGGAACAGGAAAAGAAUUUCUCAAUAAGGUUGCUACAAUUGGAAGUAUUCACCACGUGAAUGUGGUUCAUCUCAUCGGAUUUUGCAUCGAGGGAUCUAAUCGUGCUUUGGUAUAUGAGUUCAUGCCAAACGGGUCUUUAGAAAAAUGGGUAUUAUCUGAACAAGGGGAUACCACCCCCUUGAGUUACAAACAAACGUUUCAGAUUUCUCUUGGUGUGGCACAUGCAAUAGCCUACCUUCAUAAUAAAGGGUGUGACAAUUUCGUCAAUAUGCCUCACAACGUUCUUCUUGAUGAGAAUUUCAAUCCGAAAAUAUCAUAUUUUGGGCUCGCAAACCUGGACGACGCGGAUAAUAAUGUUGUUCACAGUUUUGGAAUGCUGUUAAUUAAAUUGGCUAGGAAAUUGAUCAAUAUGAAUCCAAACGCCGAUGCCAUGUGGAUUUAUGAUCAAAUCAUGGAAGGGAAUGAAGUAGUAGUCACUGGAGAUGGUAGUGAGGAAGAGAGAAAAGCUAUGAAGAAGAUUAUCGUAGUUGCUUUGUGGUCCAUACAGAUGAAGUAUGCCGAUCGUCCUCCUAUGAACAGAAUUGUUGAAAUGCUUGAAGGAGAUGAAGAUCUCAUAGAGAUGCCUCCAAGGUCAUUUAUUGCUCCACACACAUAAGAUGAAUGUUGAUUCCAUUGAAUCAUCCAUAGUAAAUACAUACUACAGCUAUGGAUUGUUUUUUCUUAAUCUUGUAAAUUUCUUCGUUUGUUCUCCUGUUAUUGGUGCAAUUCAUUUGAUGUUCAUUUGAUUGUUUUUUUAUCUAACUGAAAUUAUGACGAAAUCUUUUAGGCUAAAGGGUCAAAUAGGCCCAUCUAUCGAUCACGUUUGGUGUUUG